AUGGUGGACUACUAUGAAGUUCUGGGAGUACAGAAAUAUGCUUCGCCAGAGGACAUUAAGAAGGCUUAUCACAAAGUGGCACUUAAGUGGCACCCUGAUAAAAACCCAGAAAAUAAAGAAGAAGCAGAGAGAAGAUUUAAAGAAGUAGCUGAAGCAUACGAAGUGUUAUCAAAUGAUGAAAAACGGGACACUUAUGAUAAAUAUGGCAAAGAAGGAUUAAACGAUGAUGGUGGAAGUCGUUUUGAUGAGCCUUGCGAGAGUGACUUCAGAAUCCGUAAGCCAGAUGAUGUCUAUAAUCAUUUUUUUGGUCAGAGGGACCCAUUUUCAUUUGAGUUUUUUGAAGACUCGCUUGAGGACCUUUUAAAGAGUCCAAAGCAGUCCCAGAAGAGCAGAAGCAGAGGUGCGGGGUCCUUUUCCUCUACCUUCAGUGAAUAUCCAGCUUUUGGGAGCAAAUUUUCUUCUUAUGAUGUAGGCUAUGUAUCAUACAGUUCACUGGGGCAUGGGGGCCUUACUUCAUUCUCCUCCAUGGCAUUUGAUGAUAGAGGGAUGGACAACUACUUAUAUUUUACAAGGUCAGAUCAAACAGCUGAUGGCAGAAAUAUCAAUAUAAAGAGAAUAAUUGAGAAUGAGCAAGAAAGAGAAGUAGUUGAAGAGGAUGAUGAGUUGAGGUCCUUCCUGAUAAAUGGGAUGGCAGAAGAAGAGGGCUUUUCUGAAGGAUGGGGCUGGAAAGGAGAGUCAUUCAGCAAAUACUCAAGUUCUUACAGGACCAAACAUAUACCUCAGUAUACUUUUGUAGACAAUGAUGAACUAGGUGGACCUUGGGUCACUAGCAGCUGGGAUCCCGCCAUUUUCUCAGAAGGCUUCAAAGAAGGUGGUAAGAGGAAAAAGAAGAAGCACAAAGAGGUGAAGAAGAAGAAAUCAACCAAGAGGAAAAGCUAA